AUGCAAUCCAUACUAAUAGCUAUCUGUCUAGGCGCUAUUCUGGUCACGGCACAGGAGCCGCCGGUAGAGCAGUCAUCCAUGCUAGUGCCACCGGUUCCUGGCCUAAUUUCAGGUGCGCAAAUCUUUCAGAUUGUAAGCUUACUCGAGAGCAACGGCAGAUCUCUGAAUAGCUUGGAGCGCAGAUCCGAUAGCAUUAGUCAGAGCCAAAAGGGCAUUGAGGUCAAGCUGCAACUUAUAGGACAGGAUGUGGUUGGCAUAUCACGUGUGGAAGAGGCACUUAAACGUCUAGACUUGGCUACGGCCAGCAAUUUCAGGUCGACUGCCAGCGAUAUUAGAAAUGUAACUGCCAGCAUUAAAGAGGCUGAGACUAGAACCGAUAGAUCCAUUGGCAAUCUGGCACGUGGUCAGCAGGAAAUCAAGGUGGUCCUGGCCAAGGUGGACGCCAAUCAAAUACGUAACGAUCGCACUCUUAAUGAGGUCGCCAGAUCGGUGCAGAACAGUAUUGCGGGUCUAGACAAUCUUCUUAAGCAAACCGUGCUCAGAGAGUUACUUGCUCUUGUACAAAGUGCCAAGAAACUGGAACAAAGCCAAAGACACAUUGAGAGUAAGGUAAUGCAGAUAGAUCAGCUGGCUGCUCUGACCAGCAUCACGGCCAAUAAAGUGAACCAACUGGACCAAGGCAUACGUGCGCUCAACAAUACUCAACAGCAGCAGCUCAAUGGCAUUGGCCAGAUCUUACACAAGGUUGGCACCACCUCUUGGCAGAUUGAUCAUAAGCUGGGCGUUCUGCUGAGCAGCCAGAAAAAUAUUGAACGCGCGUUGGAGGAUUGCAAGAAGUCACAGGCACCACACAAGAACUAUCACGCCGAGCCACAGGCACCUCACAAGAACUAUCACGCCGAGCCACAGCCACCGAAGUCACUUUACGACAGCGCUUAUGAGGAUACCUCAUAUGAGGAUACCUCAUAUUUACAUCAACUAUGGUAUGGCAAGGAUCAGUAA